CUCCCCGCCGGCCACGCCCCCAGCGGCCGCUCUGACCGGGGCGCGGGGUCGGACCGGGGCCGCUCCGGGUCCGCUGCUUCAUCACCUUCAUCACCUUCAUCAUCGCCACCGCCGCCAUGGGCUCCGUGCAGCAGCGCCUGGAGCGCUUCCUCAACAGCCCCGGGCCGAUCGGCGACCUGCUGGGCCAGCUGGAAGCCCGUACCGGCGUCCAACGGCUCUACCUGUCCACAGGUUCCGUGGCGUUCCUGGGGCUCUACCUCAUGUUCGGCUAUGGCGCCUCUCUGCUUUGCAACAUCAUCGGCUUCGUCUACCCCGCCUACGCCUCCAUCAAAGCCAUCGAGAGCAACAACAAGGAGGAUGACACCAUGUGGCUCACGUACUGGGUGGUCUACGGCGUCUUCAGCAUCGCCGAGUUCUUCUCCGACCUUUUCCUCUACUGGUUCCCCUUCUACUACGCCGGGAAGUGCCUGUUCCUGGUGUGGUGCAUGGCCCCGGUGCCCUGGAACGGCUCCCAGCUCAUCUACCACAGCGUCGUCCGGCCCUUCUUCCUCAAGCACCACAAGGCCGUGGACAACAUGAUGGGCGACAUCGGCGCCAAGGCGCUGGACGCGGCCUCCAGCGUCACCCGAGAAGGCUUCAAAGCACCCCUGAACCUGGCAGACUUAGUACAGAAGGCGAAGUAAGGGGCGCAUCGGCGCCUCUGGUACCGGCACUACAGCCCCGGUACUGGGACCCAGUACUGGCACCCGCGGCCGCAGUACCGGCACCACGCUCCCAGUACUGGUACCGGCAGCACCCGUUCUGGCACCGGAGUCCCCCAUACCGGCACUACAGACGCCGGUACCGGCAGCGGUAUCGGCAUCCUCCGUUCUGGCACCGAAGUCCCCCAUACAGACGCCGGUACCGGCACCGUGCUCCCGGUACCGGCACCACGGCCCCGUUAGCGGUACCGGCCAGCCCGGGUCGUGCCCGCCCGGGAUCCCGAGUUGCUGCGGUCCGAGUCUGUCGUUCCCCCAGUCCCCCAAUAAACCCCGGUGCCCCCGA